AUGUCUGGUUUCGCUCCUCCAAAGGCGACUCCCCUCGUCGCGCCCGGCCACACGCGUCCGGUCACACACCUGUCCUUCUCGCCUCUGCAGGAGGAUAAUACCUACAUGAUUAUCUCUGGCUGCAAAGACGGUAACCCUAUGCUCCGCGAUUGGACCGGUGACUGGAUCGGCACCUUCAUUGGACACAAAGGCGCCGUCUGGAGCACAAAGCUCAGCAUGGACGAGUCGCGUGCCGCGUCUGGCAGCGCCGAUUUCACUGCUAAGAUCUGGGACACCGUCAACGGCACCGCGCUUCACUCAUUCCCGCAUAAUCACAUCGUUCGCUCGGUUGCGAUCUCGCCUAGUACCCAUCAUCUUCUCACCGGUGGUCAAGAGAAAAAGGCCCGUAUAUUCGACCUUGGACGUCCGGAUGUGGAGCCCGAAUUCCUUCUUCAAGAUGGUGCCACGACUACGCAUGAUGGGACGGUCAAGUCUGUGGCCUGGGUCGGUGAACACACCGGAGUUACUGCCGGUGAAGAUGGUUUGAUCAAGUGGUGGGAUUUGCGUACCAGGAAGCUCACGACGAGCAUGAACCUCUCUUCACCAAUCACCUCCAUGGAGCUUUCCCAGCAAACCAACCGUCUCGUCGUCACGUCAGGAAAGACUGUCGCGUUCAUUCCCGCGUUGCCCACCGGUGCCAGCACGCACAGCCUCCAGCUUCCCUACGCGCCUUCUUGUGCAAGCAUUCAUCCGAUCUGGCAGGAUCGCUUCGUUACGGGCAGCACGGCCGACGAAUGGGUGCGCGUGCACGCUCUUGAUGGCGAGGAGCGCGAGGUUCUCAAGGGUCAUCACGGUCCUGUGCACUGCAUCGAGUACAGCCCUGAUGGUGAGAUGUACGCCAGUGGCAGCGAGGACGGGACAAUCAGGCUGUGGCAGACGACGCCGGGAAAAACCUACGGCCUUUGGCAAGGCCAGCCUACAAAUGGGAGCUAG